AUGGCGAAGCGUGAGCUGGAGCAGCCGAGCUGUUCGAGCGCCUCCACGGCCGGACGCAGCGCCUCAGGCGCUACGAGCGCCAAACGCGCUCGAUUCUCUAUCGACACUCUACUCGAUGCACGGCCGAGUUCUCCGGAAAGCUCAGACGUCACCCCGUGCCCGUUACCACCACUCGAGUUUGCCGCCGUUGCUGCGAGCAAGGUGAGCACGACGGUGAACGUUGUCAGAGAAGCGUCUAAAGCGCCGCAGAAUCAGCUGAAAGGCGACCCUCUGGACGGAAUCGAAUGUCGUCUGGAAGGAGCUGAACUAUGGGAGAAAUUCUAUGAACUCGGCACUGAGAUGAUCAUCACCAAAAGUGGACGGCGGAUGUUCCCUACCGUAAAAGUGUCCAUAUCAAACAUAGACGUCGAUGGUCUCUACUACAUAUUUCUAGACGUCAUUCCAGUUGAUAAUAAAAGAUAUCGCUACAUUUACAACAAAUCAGCAUGGUUAACGGCUGGAAAAGCCGAACCAGCACCAAAAAAUCGUUUAUACUUGCAUCCGGAUUCACCAUAUACGGGUGAACAGUUAUUGAAACAAGUGGUAUCCUUCGAAAAGGCAAAACUUACCAAUAAUGAGAUAGACAAAGCUGGCCAUUUAAUUCUAAACUCUAUGCACAAAUAUCAGCCCAGGAUUCAUGUUGUAAGACGUAAUAAGGGACAACAUUUGGAUCAAAAUAAGGUCAACCUAGCUGAUGAAGUUCAUCGGACAUUUGUUUUUCCAGAAACUCAAUUCAUGGCUGUGACAGCAUAUCAGAAUCAGUUGAUAACCAAAUUGAAAAUCGAGAAGAAUCCAUUUGCCAAAGGCUUCCGUGAUCCAAGUGGGAGGUCUCCUGAGUAUGAACCAGAUUCAAGGCCAGAUCUACCUCUGAUAAUGCCCAUGUACAAUCCGAUGAUAUUCCAGCAAGCUCUUCUUAGCCAAUAUUACCUCAAAGCAGCCGCUGCUAGGGUGAUGCCAUCGUUGAAUCCGUCGGUGCUCUCACAUGUUCUACUCUCCCAACUCCCUCCGGUGCCGAACUCAUCGGACAUCCCCCUGGCGAACAUCAACCACUCACCUGCCAAAUCGGAGAGCUUACCCAUCUAG